CUACAUUCAGUUGAAUAGAACGUCGUGAUGAUCGCGACAAUCCUCAGUUUAGAAACAGAAUGCAAUAAUGAAUGAUCUAACAAAAUCAAAACGAUCAAGACAACUCACGUACAACAAACACCUCGUGAGAACCGUCAAACAAUAAAUAUACCUCGCUAAAAUAAUUAUCAAAAAUGUGUUUAUCUAAUCGUGGUGAUGUGACAUAAUAAAUAUAUACAUAUAUGUAUAUAUAUAUUAUAUAUAUGUAUAUGUAUAUAUAUAAAUAUAUUAAUAAAGUAGUGAACAGGUGUUGUUAAUAAUAUUUAAAUAAUUAAGUGUUAACGGUGAUGGUGGUGGUGGCGGGUUAGCAUCCGACCAUCAAUUCCUGGUGGAAAUACACAACACUAACGGGGAUUUUUUUUGUUGACCCUGAUUGGUGUUAAAAUUGCAUUGUCCGCUGAUACAAAAAACAUAACUCUUGUGUGUACAUAAAUAUUUAGUAUAUUAUUAUUAUUAUUAUUAUCAUUAGCAUCGUCAACAUCAUCAUCAUCAGUAGGAGCAGCAUCAAGAUGUCGUCGGGUCACAGCAGCCGAAGUAGUCGAGCUGCCCACAUAAGUUCUAUACUUCAAAAACUCCAAGGACGGUUUACCGACGCAAUGACUCCACCAAAAUUAUCAACAGAUAAACGUAUGCUCGACAAAACAUGGAAACUUAUGGACAAAGUUGUUAAAUUGUGUCAGCAUCAGCGAAUGAAUUUAAAAAAUUCACCACCAUUUAUCCUUGAUAUUCUGCCAGAUACCUAUCAACGGCUGAGAUUAAUUUACAGUAAAUAUGAAGAUCGCAUGUCUGUAUUACAUAGCAAUGAACAUUUUUGUGUAUUCAUAAAUAAUCUUAUGCGAAAGUGUAAACAAGCUAUUAAAUUAUUUAAAGAAGGCAAGGAAAAAAUGUUUGAUGAGACAUCACAUUAUCGUAGAAAUUUAACAAAACUAAGUCUCGUAUUCAGUCACAUGCUCUCUGAAUUGAAGGCCAUCUUCCCCAACGGCGUCUUCGCGGGUGAUCAGUUUCGCAUUACAAAGUCUGACGCCGCUGAAUUUUGGAGAGAGCGCUUCGGUAACAGUACUUUGGUUCCAUGGAAAAUUUUUAGACAUGAAUUAAAUCAAGUUCAUCCAAUAAGUUCUGGUCUUCAAGCAAUGGCAUUGAAAUCAACAAUUGACCUCACCUGUAAUGACUAUAUUUCAAACUUUGAAUUUGAUGUAUUUACAAGACUGUUCCAGCCAUGGUCUACGUUGCUACGUAACUGGAAAAUAUUGGCAGUUACGCAUCCUGGCUACGUAGCAUUUUUGACUUACGAUGAAGUUAAAGCACGUUUACAAAAAUAUUGCAUCACUAAACCAGGAAGCUAUGUCUUCCGAUUAAGUUGUACAAGAUUAGGGCAAUGGGCUAUUGGUUACGUUACAUCUGACGGUGAUAUUCUUCAAACAAUACCCCACAAUAAAAGUCUCUGCCAAGCAUUAUUGGAUGGUUAUCGGGAAGGCUUCUACUUGUAUCCAGAUGGACGACAUGUAAACCCAGACUUAACGUGGGCUGUCCAACCUACUCCAGAAGAACAUAUUAAAGUAACGGCUGAGCAAUAUGAACUUUAUUGUGAAAUGGGCAGUACAUUCCAAUUAUGUAAAAUUUGUGCUGAACACGACAAAGAUGUCAGGAUAGAGCCCUGUGGUCAUCUUCUCUGUACACCGUGUUUAACAUCUUGGCAGGUAGAUUCAGAAGGCCAAGGGUGUCCUUUUUGUCGUGCGGAAAUAAAAGGAACAGAACAAAUAGUUGUUGAUCCUUUUGACCCACGAAGAACACAUCGACCUGGCGCUCAAUCAGCAUCUGUCAGCAAUGCAUCUACUCCUACGCGGGAUCUUGACCCUGACACCGAGGAUAUCAUAGAACUGUGUAAUGGGAAUUGUAGUGGUUUAAUAUGUGAUGACUCUGAUGAAGAAGACGAUUCAAGUCCUGCGAGUUCACCAGUACCACCACGAAGAAUAGUACCAAGUCCUCCUCUACCUCCUCGAAGACCAUCACCCUCACCAACUCCAAAUAAUCAUCCGCGAAAUAGUAGUCGUCAUUUAACAGUACCUAAAGAAAAUGCACCACCACCACCUACUGUUACUGUUAUUCUUUCAUCAAGUGAAAAUCAUCAAAAUAAUAAAGCAACGACAGAAGCAAGGUAUGACAUGCUACACAGAGCAUCAUCACCAUCACCAAUACCACCAGCAGUUGUACGACCUCAUGUUAGAUUAUCUCACAUCAGACCACCGGCAUUACCUGAAAAAGCUGGACAACGACAUUUAUUAUAUCAAUCACAAUCACAAUCAACAACCACUGUGCCUCCAGUACCACCACCGUUAUCAGCACCACGACCACCUAAAACUACAAAUAAAGAUACUACUCCUAAACAAGAUCAUCAUUAUGAAAAUACAAUAUUAAUACAUGGAACCAGAGAACACGUUGUUAAAAAUAUAAAUUUAGAAAUGAACCGUGCUAAAUUCACGGCAUUAAUGAAAAGUAGAGAAGAACCCGGUGGAUCAUCAAUAAAACCUACCGAGGGUGCUGCUUAUGAAAAUGUUAACGUUGAACAUAUUUCAAGGCUUACUGCACUAGGUUUUGCACAGGAUGCUGUUAUAAGAGCCCUGGGAAUAAGUAGAAAUGAUUUAGAAAUGGCUUGCGAUAUUCUCAAUGAAUUUGCAACUAAAUCUUCUUGACCAGGUACAAAGACUGAUGGUUUAUGACCACCAGUACCUCCCCGUCGUUAUCUUUAAUGGGGAAUCUCUAAAACAAUAUCUUUAAGAUAAAUAACAAAAUCAUCACUAACAUCAGCUGCACAAAAUCUACAAAUUACUGAAAAAAUAAAACAAAUAUAUUUAUGAUAAAAAUUAAUAGUUGGCCACUGAUUCUUAAAAUAACACGAGUUAUCCGUAAAACAAUUCAUCAAAUUAAUCAAAAUUACUUGUCCUCUUUUUUUUUUACACAGCAUAUAAUAGUUACUAAUAGUUACCCUGUCGCUGUCAUUAAAUCACGUACUUUUUAAAUUAAUUAAUUAAUAAAUGUACCGAAAUAAAUUUUUAUACACUGACAGGAUUAGAAAAAAAAAUAAUAAUAGAUAAAACUUAAAGUAAUUACAAUUAUUUUAAUUAAUGGUACUUUAUGUUUGUAUUUAUAAUAGAAUAGACAACAAACAAAAAAAAAAAAUAACUUUUCAUGACAGAUAUUGUUUUUUUUUUAAUUAUUAUUAUUUAUUUAUUUUAUAAUGUAUUCAUCAAAUGUGAUAUUUAUAAUUAAAAUAUACGUACACAUUAUUCUGUACGUCACAUUAUGAAAUGUAUAUUUUAAAACUUAUCGGAAAAAAAAUCUAAACUAAACUGAAAAAAAAAAUAUCGUUUUUAUUUAACAAAUGACUGGCGUUCACUUACAAUAGUAAUUUAUUGUUAUUAUUAAUUGUAAUAAAUUAAUUGGAAUGACAAUAGCGGUAUUAUAUUUUAACAUAAUAAUGGUAUUUAAAUGUACAAGGUAACUCAAAUUUAAUCCUUUAAGAAUUAGGUUUUUAUAAAUUUCAUUAAUAAAAUAAAUUCUCAAAGGAUUAAAAAUUAUUGCGAUAGGACUGAUGGAAGUUAAAAAAUAAUAAAAAAAUAAUAAAUAAUAUUUACUUGUAAAUAUCAUUAACAAAACUAAUUUAUUGAAAUAUAUAUAUAAAUAUAUAUAUAACAAUAUCUCGUUUUGAUUUUUUAAUUAAUUAUAAGUGAUAAUUAUUAAUAUCACAAAAUAUAGCUGCGAUUUAAUUGUAUUUCUUGUACCUAUUAAUUAAUAAUAAAUAAUAAAAUACAUUUAAUUAAUUAAUUAACGAUCUGUAUUUUACUAGAAAAAGACUGACACAGCAGUCGCUAGAAAAUAAAUAUAUUGAAUAUUUAUUUAUUAAUAAUAAAAUUAUUAUUCUUCGAAUAAAAUUUAACUUUACAAACUGUUACACAAUUUCAUCAUCGUGACUAAUAAAUUUAGAAAUAUAAAUAUUAUUUUAAAAUUUAAUCUUGUAAACAAUUAAUAAACCUAGCUGUCCUAUUUUUCUACAAUUUAAUAAUUGCAACAAUGUAAUCAUAAAUUUAAAUUUAAAUAAUUAGUCACACAAAUACCUAAAUAAAUAAAUAAAUAAAUAUAUAGAAAUAAUCUCUAUUUAAACAAAUAUGUUAUAAUUUUAACGAAUAAUCGUAAAUAGGAUGUAAUAACAUUGUAAUGCCCUAUUUAGUGCAAUACUUAGUACAUAAGUAGUGAACUUACAAGUGAAUCUAUUUUAAAAAAAAUUAGUACAUAAUUUUAAUAAUUAUUUAAAUUUAAAUAAAUAAAUAUUGGCUGUAUUUAAUAUAA